GCUCGAUUAUCCGGCAGGAGCUAGAAACGCAUCACGAAACACGAACCCAAAGCAUACAAGUCCAGUGACGCUCUCGCAAACAACGCGCCCGCUCCGACGCAGGGAAGCCAAACGGCAUCACAUUGCAAUUAAAACCGUCUACAGCUCCUGUAGACUGCCUCUGCUUCUAUCAACCUAUCAAACGUCGUAUUUCAAACCUAGCAGCGUCCAUCUGUGUCUCUCCAAGUCCUGUGCUUGCGUAUCCGUGGCUGUGUGUGUGUGCGCGUGGUUGUUCGGCAUCAAUCCAGUUUAGUGGCGCGUUGAUUGUGUUCAUCCCUUUAAACCCUUCGCUGUGUGAGUGUGCGAACAUAGUUUCAACAUGAGUAUGCCCGAUGUUGUCGACAUUAGAAAUGAAAUAAACAAAGAGCAUGUGCGGGAGAGCUUGGACCGGAACGGCGACGAGCAACAGCUGGUGCAGGACGUAAACGAUGCGCUCGGUACGCGCAAGGGCCACGAUCCCACUAACCAUCUCGUGCGGGCGCGGAUGCCCGUCGAGCGGUACGCGUGCGACUACAACAUGAACCACAAGCGGCGCGGGCUGGCGCUCAUUUUCAACCACGAAAACUUCGACGUGCCGCAGCUCCGGUCGCGCGCCGGAACGAACGUGGACUGCGAGAACCUGACCGCCUCGCUCAAGGGUCUCGACUUCGAGGUGCACGUGUUCAAGGAUCUGAAGCUCCGCGACCUACAGAAGGAGGUCGAACGAGUUUCACAGAUGGACCAUAGCGACGCGGACUGCCUGCUGGUGACGAUCCUGUCGCACGGUGAGCUCGGCUACCUGUACGCCAAGGACUGCCAGUACAAGCUCGACACGAUCUGGACGUACUUCACGGCCAACCACUGCCCGUCGCUGGCCGGCAAGCCGAAGCUGUUCUUCAUACAGGCCUGCCAGGGCGACCAGCUGGACGGUGGCGUGGUGCUCGAGGCGAAGGAUCGCACCGAAACGGACAGCUCCUCCUCGAUGCUGACGUUCAAGAUACCGAUGUACGCUGACUUCAUGAUCGCCUACUCGACCAUACCCGGCUUCUACUCCUGGCGCAACACGCAGAAGGGCUCCUGGUUCAUCCAGUCGCUCUGCCACGAGCUGAACCAGAACGGCCGCAAGUACGACCUGAUGGUGCUGCUCACGUUCGUCACCCAGCGCGUCGCGUACGAUUUCGAGUCGAACACGCCGGACAUACCGAUGAUGCACCAGCAGAAGCAGAUCCCGUGCACCACCUCGAUGCUGACCCGUUUGGUGUACUUCAACCAGAAGAAAUAGUGCUAGAGGGAAAAUUGGGAGAAGUGUUUUCAAUUUUUUUUGUUUCAAAUUCAUUGCUAUGGUUAAUUUUUAUGAUGUCAGCCACUACUGAAGUUUAAAGGAGUUUUUCUUUUUGUUUCUUAUCAGUUCCCAUUCCACGGCUUUUACUUUUUUUUUUGUUCGUUUGGAGGCCGUUGUGGGAGUCUAAAGGCCUACCCAAUUACCCACUUUGGCGCUACAUUCCCCACCACCGUGAACAUUUACUUCAGCUUUUUCAAUACUUCUAAUACUCGUCUAGACGCCCGCACUGGCACAAACUGCCAUGCCGCCGCUUGCCCCACGUGUGAGGGGAAUCUUCAUUUGAACUGUUUCCUUUUGAUCCCGUUCACUUUAUUUUAGCGUAAGGUGCAUAUUCUCGCGCAUUAUAUGUACAUCAAAACAAUAUAUAUAUCAAUCUCCAAUUCCAUGUACGUAACAAAGCAACAUCUGCGCGGUGCACGUAUGAGCGGAAUUUUUAGUUUAGAGGGUGCUAUUAUUUUCACACUUUACCUUUUGGUUUUACCCCACCCCAGAUGAUGGCCUUAGAAAUCGAAUUGAUCUCCCCUAAAUUAAUGUUUGCCCUAUAGCAAUUCCUUUGCACGAAAGCAACCCGCUGCGCAACAUAGUGUUUAGGCUAGCCUCGUAGGGGAAUUUUUAACACUUUAAAGACGCACGACGGAAUCCGACGGAAGUCAAUUGCGCGCCGUGCUAGUGAAUUUUCCGUUUACUUAACAUUCUUUACUUUAGUAGAAAUUACUCUAGUUAUCAUUUAAAUAUGCUACAACAACAACAAAAACUAUGAAAACGAUCAUUUUUAACUACGCAAAGAGAAAUACACAUAAUCGUAAGAGAUGAAAUAGCAAACUCUCGUGGAAGCGGCAUACCUAUCGUCGGGACAGCAAAAUAUCGUCUAAGCAGCAUACGAUGGUUGUAUGAAGUGAUUUUUUUUUUCUAAAAAAAAAGGUACUCAAUUUGAAACCUUUAAAUCGUCAAA